CAGGGCACACUCAUGCUUUGCCAGUAAUUUCCUCGGUGACACAAUGCGCUCAUUGGUGCGUCCCUCCAACGUGUCACUAGUUUUGGUGGAUUACCCCAGAUAUCUUCACCAUAGGGUGGGCAAAACAUCAUUCCUUCGACUCUUGUCUUCACUGUGUUCUGCAGCUUUUAAACAGAGCUUCUGAAACAUUUGUGGAACUUGUGACUCAGAAAAACUCAGGAAAAGGAUUUUUUUUUUUACGCUGCGCAAAGGCAUGCAUUUGUUUACUUUAGAUUCGAAGAUGACGCCUUCUUUCUUAUUCGCUUUUUUCCUGGUGCAAGGUCUCUGGGUCAGUGGAUCACCUGGCUGUGCCUCCUGUGGCGUGCCGGCGGUAGAAAGAAGCGCAGAAGAAAGUCUGAUGAUAGAAAUCGUCAAGCAGCAACUUUUAGACAAGCUGAACCUGAAAGAAAGACCAAACAUCACUCAGACUGUUCCCCGGGCAGCGCUCCUCACCGCGCUGCGCAAACUGCACUCGGGGCGCGUCAGACAGCAUGGUACUUUGGAACUAGAAAACAGUAUACCUACCAAAGAUAAAGGCUAUGAAAUUGUCAGCUUUCCAGAUCUAAAUGAGACAGAGAGUGGUGAUGCAGCCAGCCUCAGCCUUACCUUCAAGUUUCUACAGGAGCGAGGCCAAAGUAUCCAGGUUCUCCGGUCUUCUCUGUGGAUCUAUGUCCGCUCCUCUGAGGACCGCCAUAAAGACUCCCGCCUGUCUGCUCGUGUUUUUCUCCCUGCAGAAGGUGGGGUGCCAGGCACUAACCGUACACUGGUGAUGGAAAAGAGGCUGGAGGUCCAGGAGAGUAACUGGCACACCUUACCCAUCACCCGCACCUUGCAGGCCUUUCUGGACGGGGGACGGCACAAGCUGCGUUUGGAAGUAAACUGCGAUAAGGAUGGGAACAGCCUUUGCUCCCUGGAUGGCUCCUUUGACAACCUCAACCAGCCCUUCCUAGUGGCCCAGGUGCGUCUCCGUGAGGACCACUCCAAACACUCUCUCAGGAAGCGCUCAUUACGUUGUGGUGAUGAUGUAAGCGUGUGCUGCAAGAGAGAAUUCCACAUCAAGUUUAAAGAUAUCCAUUGGAAUGACUGGAUCAUUGCACCUGAAGGCUACGAUAUGAACUACUGCAUGGGUCAGUGCCCCCAGCAUCUGGCUGGAUCCCCUGGCAUAGCGUCCUCAUUCCAUGCGACUGUCUCCAGCCAGCUGAAAGUCAACGGCAUUAACACGGCUGCAUCUUCAUGUUGUGUUCCUACUGAGCGACGGCCGCUCUCAAUGGUGUACUUCAACUCCCAGCACAGCAUUGUCAAAACGGACGUCCCUGACAUGAUAGUGGAUUCCUGUGGAUGUACAUAAAGGAUUUUUAAAGACAUGGUAUAGUUAACAAAUACAUUUUUAAUAUGGGAGAAAUAGACAAACAGAAUGAUAAUAUACAUGAACAGAGGAGAAGUAAAUCUCAUUUGGGACAACCAACUCUAAAUAUGCUACUGUUUUCAUUUGUAUUCUUAAAUCAGAAGUAACACAUUUUCUGUGUCCCAAAUGAAACAAAGUUAUAUAAUAAAUAAUACAAAAAAACAAACACAUAAUUGAGCAUUGUGCACAUACAUCAGACAGUUUGUGUCUCAUUAUAUUUGUUUAAUGGUUUGACAGAAAAUGUUAAGUGCCUAGAACCUAAGUGAAAUUAUAGAGGGUCUCAAUGCAGACACAUUGUUUAAAUCCAUGUAUCAGAGGCAUUAUUUAACACAGUUCAUAAACUAAGAAACCUUAAAAGACAUACAAUACAUACAAUAAUGUGUGUGAUAUUACUGUAAACCAUACAUAGAGCUGUCAAGUAAAUCCGGCUAUUAUUCCCAUUUAUAUUAAAGACACUGUUUAUGGAGGUCGUAUUAAACGCCAAUAUAUUAUUAUAAUGCCUUCACUGUAUUGCAUUUUAGAGAUGCAUCUUCUUUUUUAUUUUCGUCAUAUUUAGGUUAUUUAUUUUGUAUUUUCCAAUUGCUGCUGGAAAUCAGUCCCAACAUUUUUUUUGUGAAUCUCAGGAAAUGGGGUGUAGAACUGACCAAAGCAUUUUCUUACAUUAAUAACACAGACCACUCUCCACACCUACUGUAAUACAGUACUUUACAUAACUUUUAUAUCUGUGACUAAUCAGCACCCUUUCUUAACCUAAAAAAAUACAAAAGUUUAAAGGAAGGCUUUUAAAAUAUCCUGAUUUAAAGUACUUGGGUCACGGCACAAGUUUUAAUACCAAAGAGGAUCCAGUAUUAGUGAGUAUUAUUGCUGACUAAUGCUGUCUUUUAAUGUCAAACAUAUUUGUAUUUUAUAUUGGAUUUUUUCUUUUAUUACACAACGGAAAUGUACAUUUCAUUGUGAAGUUAUGGUGAGUGUUUGAACUUGUCACGCUUUGACCAUGUUCAAUUAGACCCUAUUCUGUCUGAGCACAGCCGAUGAUGUCCGUAGGUUGAAAUUUGUUUAAUCAGCAUCUCCACUGUAUUAUUUACACAAGUCGGCUAAUCAGUUGGGUAACUUUAUCUCUGACAGCAUAUAAACCCAAGGUCAUUUCUCAGCAGCAUGAGCAAACAUUUAGCUAUUGCCUCAGUGUCAGUUAAUGUGAAGGUCUGUGAGGCAGGUCACUGAGCAUUUAGGGUUGCAUGCUGCCAUUAAUAUCUCAAAGUCUAAAGUUUUCUUGGAUGAUGUCAAAUUAGGAGCAAUCUGGUAUUCAUUUUCUUUUUUAAACAUCUUCUUUUUAACCCGAUUAACAUUUUAUUAAUGUCAUUUAAUCGUAGGAAGAAUUAUAUAGUACAAUAAUGUAUGGUAAACAGACUACAAAGGUAUAACAAUACAUUCAUAAUGAAUUCCUGAGUCACAGGCCUUACUUCUUGCCUAUGUUUACACCGAGUUUUGUAAAAGCCAAAGAUGUUUUUCUGGAUUUUCUGGAUUCUACUGCCAUUAAGCAAAUAUGAUUUUUAUUUUGGGCUUCUGUUUAACAAGAUGUUUCAUAACAUUUAUGUCCAAAUAGCCCACAAACCUGUUUCAGCUGUCUGUGGCCUCUAAAAGCUAGUCUUGUAUUAUUUUUUCAAACCUGUGUAAUACAAUUUUGAGUUUAUUGUGCAUUAUUUUAUCUUGCAAGCCAUCCCCUGUCCCAUGACUCAAUGUAAUAUUGAGGCGCCAUCAUAACAUAACUUAAAAAGCACUUUAUCCCCCUACUGUAUUUUUAGAGCAAAUUUUGCUUUUUGGUUCUACUUCUUAUAGCUGAACUGGGAAACUACUGAUACUGUAGGCUGACAGAAAGCAAAUGUCAAUCAUCUUAUUUUCUCAAGCUCUAGUUGAGUUUAAAUGUGUUGUAUUGCAUGUGUUUGCAGAGCACUUAUACAGUUUCUGUAUACUCUAACUGGUGGAAACCAGUUACAGUCAGGAUUAGAAUUGUGUUUCAAUUGGAAUUUGUAAUUAUUGUCUUUAUUUUUAUAUAAUGCUAUAUUGUAUGCAUAAUGUAUGAGUUGUAAUAUCACUACAAUGCACAAUGUUUGUCACAAUGUGCUGACAUGAUAUGAUUAUAGCAAAAGUAUAUUUUUAAUAAAUAAAUGAAUAUUUUAAAUUGA